UCCAGAAAUUGACCAUGACUAUAUGUCACAGAACUGUCAUCUUUCUAGGGAUUCUUACUUUGAUAUCGACUCAAGUUACAAGUGGUUCGGUUGUUUCAACGGGAGAUUUCAAUAAGGAUUUCUUUGUGACAUGGUCUCCUAGCCAUGUAAACACUUCAGCUGAUGGCAAGACAAGGAGUUUGAAGCUCGACCAAGAAUCCGGUGCUGGUUUUGCUUCAAACCAGAUGUUCUUGUUUGGAGAAAUUGAUAUGCAAAUAAAGCUAGUACCAGGUCGUUCAGCAGGCACAGUCGUAGCUUAUUAUCUGACAUCUGAUCAACCUAACCGUGAUGAAGUAGACUUUGAGUUUCUUGGCAAUGUUGAAGGCAAACCAUAUAUCCUCCAAACGAACAUUUUUGCCGAUGGAUUCGACAACCGUGAAGAGAGGAUCAACCUCUGGUUUGAUCCAACAAAGGACUUUCAUACCUAUUCCAUAUUAUGGAACCUUCAUCAAAUUGUGUUUAUGGUGGACUGGGUUCCCAUCAGAGUAUACAGAAACCAUGCAGACAAGGGUGUAGCAUAUCCAAGGUGGCAGCCAAUGAGCAUCAAAACGAGCCUAUGGAACGGCGACAGCUGGGCGACCGGAGGUGGCCGUGACAAAAUCGACUGGUCAAAAGGCCCCUUCAUAGCUUCAUUUAGAAACCACAAGAUUGAUGCAUGUAUUUGGAAUGGAAAUGCUAGGUUCUGCAGGGCAGAGAGCACUACAAAUUGGUGGCACCAAGAAAGAUACAGCACCUUAACAAAUACACAGAGAAGGUUGUUCAAAUGGGUUAGGAAGUACCACAUGAUCUAUGACUAUUGCCAAGACAAGGAGAGGUUCCAAGGAAAUCUUCCAAAGGAGUGUUCUUUACCCAAGUACUGAAUACGGAUUCAUAGAAAUAGAUGAUCCUACACACUAUCUAUAUAUUCCUUUUUUUAGCAUUACUUUUGUUUUCUUCUCUG